AAUUGCUAUAUCCUAGGAUGUUAAGUUUAUUUGGCAUAGAAUACAUUUUCUUAAUGCAAAGGCUAUGCGAUUUCUAUUGUUUGCUGGGUACAUAUUUUUUUAUAUAAAAGACAAAUACAGUAUAUGAUUUGACAUUUUUAUUAAUCUACUAAUCAAAAUGUUGGGUCCACUAAAUCAGUAUUUUUGUUAACACAAUAUUAUAUAACACCCGACAAUAGAGGAAACCUUUUUUUCUUUUUUUGAUAAAGGGCCUUCUAACAAUAGUCAAUAGAUAAAACAUUCAAAUGAAAUUUAACGUAAAGUAUUAGUUAGACAAUACGAGUUAUGUAUAAGGGUCUAUCAACGCAAUCUGAUCUUUUAAAAUCAAUUGGAGCGUAUAAUUUAUAAGCAUGUUUUCUUAUGGAACAUAUAGUUGAUCAUAUGUUUAUUUGUAUAAAUAUGGCCGUGAGAUAAGCGAAAAGACAAGUGUCAAUAGUGUAAGAUGGAUGCAAUGAUAUGAGUAUAUGACCAAAGAAGGAGAAGCCAUGCACGCAUGUUCACAUUACGUUGGACAUUAAUUGUUUCUUUCAUGGUGGGUAGCAUUGGGUGAAGUUGGUUGGACAAAUAUCACAAAAAUCCAUUAUAUGUCCUAUAAUAAUAAUAUUUAUGCAAAUAUUAAGACGGAUGUUAUGUUGUAAACAUAGUAAUGUAAUCUAAAAGGAACAAUAAUAUAUACGCCGACAUAUAUUUUAUUAAAACUACAGUUAUCACAAUGUUUUAUAAUAAGAAAAAAAAGGGUACGUAUAACGUAUGCGUGGAUGACAUACAUUGAAUUGUCAAAAUGUUAGCUGUAAUAAUCAACAGUCGAAAAAGACUACUCGUGGCUGCUUCUCCCUCAAGAUCGGUAUUUGGUACAAAUUAACCCUAUUAUAUAUGUGAAUAUAUAUAUAAACCCCAUCUAUAUAUGUCACAUUGUUGAAAAGCUUUUUUCUGUCGAUCUCCUUUGUUCUAUUCAAAGGAGCUAGAGAGAAAACCAUUCUUUAAAAGAGGGCAAAAAUAUGGAAGAAAAUCUUCCUCCGGGGUUCAGAUUUCAUCCUACAGACGAGGAGCUGAUAACGCAUUAUCUUUGUCGGAAAGUCUCCGAUACUGGAUUCACCGGUAAAGCUGUCGUCGACGUUGAUUUCAACAAGUGUGAACCUUGGGAUUUGCCAGCCAAAGCUUCAAUGGGAGAGAAAGAGUGGUACUUCUUCAACCUAAGAGACCGGAAAUACCCAACCGGUUUAAGGACAAACCGAGCAACUGAAGCCGGUUAUUGGAAAACCACAGGUAAAGAUAAAGAGAUAUACCAAAGUGGAGUGCUGGUUGGGAUGAAGAAAACCCUUGUUUUCUACAAAGGAAGAGCUCCAAAGGGUGAAAAAAGCAAUUGGGUUAUGCAUGAGUAUAGGCUUGAGACCAAACAACCCUUCAAACCCGCUAAGGAGGAAUGGGUAGUGUGUAGGGUUUUCGAAAAGAGCACAACAGCAAGGAAACCACAAGAACAACAACCUCAAUCAUCUUUUGGAUCUCCAUGCGAUGCAAGCUCAUCAAUGGCAAAUGAGUUUGAAGAUAUCGAGCUUCCAAAUCUGAAUUCAAUCUCAUCAACCAUCGAUUACAACCAUAUUCAUCAAUACUCGCAAAACGGUGUUUAUUCACAAGACAAUACAACAACAAGCACGGCUUGUCUCAAUAUGAACAUGGCUACUAAUAAUAUCCCGUCUUGGUCGACAACAAACCUACUUGGUCAGCCUUUAUCUCCAAUAAACUCUUUGUUGCUCAAGGCUUUCCAAAUUAGGAACUCUUGUAUAAAUAUCAAUCCUUCUACUCUUCAACAAGGAGUCUCCAAUAUCAUGCAAAAUGGUUCAAGUUCGUCUCAACCCCAGCCGCAAGAGGAAGCUUUUAAUAUGGACUCCAUAUGGUGAUGAAGGGAUUUAAACUACUAGUAAAAUUUGAAAAAUCUAACUUGUUAUUAUAUAUUUAUGCAAUUUCCAUUAAACUCAAUUGUAUCAUUACAUGUACACGUUGAUCAUGUAUAAGGUCAAGUAAAUUAAGUUUCCAAUAUUCAUGUCCACAUCCUUCUUAUAUGUUAUGACUUAUAAAACUUGUUGCCCAGACAUAUAGAUCAAGAAACAUUUGUUAAAUACUUUUAAGUAGUGUACGAGAUAAUACAUUGACAAAUAAACAUACAAUUUUUUUUUGUAAAAAGAAAAACAAAUAAAUAGCUCUUUGUUACUUAACACAAGUUGAUGAUGAAUCUCGAUAUUCUCUUCUUUUCCCAGCAAUGAAUGCACAUAACCAUUUCUGUUUCAAAACUCGGACAGACUUCCGACAUCAUUCUUAGCUAGCUGCAACCUCCUGAGAUUAAA